CUUUUAUUCUGAGAUUUUACAACACGAGAAAUAUAAAAUGGCAAAUGCACAAGUUGAAUCGCAGCAUGCGCAAAUGACCUUGGUGCAAUCGAGUUCGUCGUAUUAUUAUUACGAUCCCUACGAAAGACGGACAGUUGAGGUGCCUUUGAACAACUUUGAUGCCUUCGUCUCACUGUUAAAAUGCGUAAUGGGCACAGGAAUUCUGGCCAUGCCGUUGGCCAUACGAUAUUCCGGAAUUGUGAUCGGUGUUCUCCUCUCGGUGUUGCUAAUGAUUUUGCUCACCUACUGCAUCCAUUUGCUGAUCAAUGGCAUGACUGAGUGCUGUCGACGUAUUCAUGUGCCACAGGUAUCGAUGCCGGAAGCCGUCCAGAUUGCCUAUCAAUUGGGGCCAGGAUGUGUGCAUUGUUUUGCCAGUGCGGCUGGAUUUUUGACCAGCUGUGUACUGGUUAUCGGACAAUUUGGCCUCUGUUGCGUUUAUAUUGUUUUUGUGGCCAAGAACUUUAAGGAAAUCGGCGACUAUUACUGGAAGGACUAUAAUGAGCGUUACUAUGUUAUAGGUGUUUGUCUGCUUCAACUGCCAUUCUUUAUGAUACGAAAACUCAAGUAUCUGGUACCGCUGAAUCUCAUCUCCAACUUUCUGCUCUAUGUGGGCUUCAUCUGCAUUAUGUACUAUCUGGUUAGGGGACUCCCAAAACCAGAGGAGCGUGAAAUGAUUAAGCCACCUUCGGAUUGGAUGAUGUUUUUUGGCAUUGCUGCUUUCUCACUUACAGCUGUGGGUUCGAUGCUUGUCGUGGAGGCGAACAUGGCACAUCCGGAAAACUAUCUGGGAUUUUGUGGUGUCCUUAAUAUGGCCGUGUUUUUCAUUCUCUUUACCAAUAUAUUUUUCGGCAUCAUGGGCUAUUGGCGAUUUGGAGAGCAAGUGGAAGCCAGUGUUACACUAAAUAUUCCCCAGAAUGAGGUUCUUUCCCAGAUUAUCAAGACGUCAAUUGCAUGCGGUAUUUUUCUUAGUUAUCCCCUUAAUGGCUUUGUUGUUAUAACGGUUGUCUUUAGAGACUAUGGAAAUGAAUAUCAUAAUAAACAUCAUUAUUCCGUGGAAUUUGCCGUGCGACUAUGUUUUCUGUUCUUGACAGGAGUUGUGGCUGUUGUGGUGCCAAAUUUGGCCGCCUUAACGGAGUUGGAAGGAGCAUUCUCUCUAUGUAAUUUAAAUCUUAUAUGUCCAGCUCUGAUUGAUAUGUUCAUCAACUACGAUACGGGUUAUGGUAGACUGCGUUGGAAGCUAAUACGUGACAUUGCGCUUAUAAUAAUAGGUAUUAUCUUUGGCAUUGUGGGAUGCACUGUGGCCAUACGUCAACUGGUGGAAGACUUACGGGGGACGGUGCAAAGUAUCAAACUCUAAGGCUGAAUUUAAUUGCUUGUGUUGUUGUUCUUAUUGUCUUUUAGUUUACAGUAUGUACAGUACUAUAUACGUAUGUUGUUGGUUGAAAGACUUGACUUGCCUGCUUGGCUUUAUUACGUUUUAAUUAACUAGAAUCGCCAGCAAUUAUAACAAAGUUGCUCAGUACUAAGCUCUCCUCUUGUUUAUAUACAUUUGUAGCCUUAUCUUA